UCCGCCAUUCUCGGCCCGACUUUUCCAUCUUUAUCGUCUUAUAAGAAUAUAAAUUCAAAAUGGCGGCCGCGGGCCAAUCUGAGGAUGAUUGCCAAUGAGGAGAAUGAGGACCAGUUUGGUUACGUGUUCGCCGUCUCUGGUCCCGUCGUGACGGCGGAAAAGAUGUCUGGAGCGGCUAUGUACGAGUUGGUGCGUGUCGGAUACAACGAGCUGGUGGGAGAGAUCAUCCGUCUGGAGGGAGACAUGGCCACCAUUCAGGUGUACGAGGAAACCUCAGGCGUAACCGUCGGCGACCCCGUGCUCCGCACCGGCAAGCCGCUGUCCGUGGAGCUCGGCCCCGGCAUCCUGGGCUCCAUCUUCGACGGCAUCCAGCGCCCGCUCAAGGACAUCAACGAGAUGACGCAGUCCAUCUACAUCCCCCGCGGUGUCAACGUGCCCUGUCUGUCGCGCGAAAUGAGCUGGGAGUUCAACCCCCUCAAUGUCAAGGUGGGCUCGCACAUCACGGGCGGGGACCUGUACGGCGUGGUGCACGAGAACACGCUGGUGAAGCACCGCAUGAUCGUGCCCCCCAAGGCCAAGGGCACCGUCACCUACAUCGCGCCCUCCGGCAACUACAAAGUCACUGAUAUCGUGCUAGAGACCGAGUUCGACGGCGAAAAGAACAAGUUCAGCAUGUUGCAAGUGUGGCCCGUGCGUCAACCCCGCCCCAGUGCAGAGAAACAGCCCGCCAACCACCCGCUGCUCACCGGCCAGCGCGUGCUCGACUCUCUGUUCCCGUGCGUCCAGGGCGGCACCACCGCCAUCCCCGGAGCCUUCGGGUGCGGCAAGACGGUCAUCUCGCAGGCGCUGUCCAAGUACUCCAACUCCGACGUCAUCGUCUACGUGGGCUGCGGAGAGCGUGGUAACGAGAUGUCGGAGGUGCUGCGGGACUUCCCCGAGCUGACGGUGGAGAUCGACGGCGUCACGGAGUCCAUCAUGAAGCGCACGGCGCUCGUCGCCAACACCUCCAACAUGCCCGUGGCCGCGCGCGAGGCCUCCAUCUACACCGGCAUCACGCUGUCGGAGUACUUCCGCGACAUGGGCUACAACGUGUCCAUGAUGGCGGACUCCACGUCGCGCUGGGCCGAGGCGCUGCGCGAGAUCUCGGGCCGCCUGGCCGAGAUGCCGGCCGACUCCGGCUACCCCGCCUACCUGGGCGCGCGCCUCGCCUCCUUCUACGAGCGCGCCGGCCGCGUCAAGUGCCUCGGCAACCCCGACCGCGAGGGUUCCGUGUCCAUCGUAGGUGCCGUAUCACCGCCCGGUGGUGACUUCUCCGACCCCGUAACCGCCGCCACCCUGGGUAUUGUGCAGGUGUUCUGGGGUCUCGACAAGAAGCUCGCCCAGAGGAAGCACUUCCCCUCCAUCAACUGGCUCAUCUCCUACAGCAAGUACAUGCGCGCUCUCGAUGACUUCUAUGACAAGAACUACCCCGACUUCGUGCCCCUCAGGACCAAGGUCAAGGAGAUCCUCCAGGAGGAAGAAGAUCUGUCAGAAAUCGUACAGCUGGUCGGCAAGGCAUCGUUGGCCGAGACCGACAAGAUCACGCUCGAGGUCGCCAAGCUACUCAAGGACGACUUCCUGCAGCAGAACAGCUACUCGGCAUAUGACCGCUUCUGCCCGUUCUACAAGACGGUGGGCAUGCUGAAGAACAUGAUCGCGUUCUACGACAUGUCGCGCCACGCCGUGGAGGCCACCGCGCAGUCCGACAACAAGGUCACGUGGAACACCAUCCGCGACGCCAUGGGGCCCGUCCUCUACCAGCUCUCCUCCAUGAAGUUCAAGGACCCCGUGAAAGAGGGCGAGGCCAAGAUCAAGGCGGACUUCGACCAGCUGCUCGAGGACAUGGCCGCCGCCUUCCGCAACCUCGAGGACUAGAGGCCGCGCCGCCCGCCCGCCCCGCCCGCCCCGCCCGCCCCGCCCGCCCCGCCCGCCCCGCCCGCCGCCCG